AGAGAGAGAGAGAGAGAGAGAGAAUAGCGAAGAGUGUUAUCCAGCUCCAUAGGAUAGAUAUGGCGGCCGGGAGUGCCAGUGCCACCGCGUCCCUGUCCCUCUCCGUCGCGGCGGCUGCUCUGCGCAUCAGGCAGCCAUGCGCUCGCGCUCCCACUUGGGCGGCCCCCACCCAGAGGCAGCAACGGCCCCUCCUCAAGCUCAAGCCUUGCGCCUCACUGGCCGCGGCGGCCCCUCCUCUGUGGCGAGCAGAGUCGGAUGCCGCGGGCGGUGGGCCCGGCGCCGGUGACGUCAUGGGCCUCCUCCUCCGGGAGCGCAUCGUCUUCCUCGGCAACGAGAUCGAGGACUUCCUCGCCGAUGCCGUCGUCAGCCAGCUGCUCCUCCUUGACGCCAUCGACCCAGACUCUGACAUCCGCCUCUUCGUCAACUCCCCAGGGGGAUCCCUAAGUGCGACAAUGGCCAUCUAUGAUGUAAUGCAGCUUGUGAGGGCGGAUGUCUCCACUAUUGGACUGGGCAUAGCUGGAUCCACGGCUUCUAUAAUCCUUGGUGGUGGCACAAAGGGCAAGCGAUUCGCCAUGCCCAACACCAGGAUUAUGAUCCAUCAGCCCAUGGGAGGCGCAAGUGGGCAGGCCUUAGAUGUAGAGGUCCAAGCCAAGGAGAUAUUGACUAACAAGAGGAAUGUCAUUCGGCUCAUAUCAGGCUUCACAGGGCGCACUCUGGAGCAGGUAGAGAAAGACAUUGACAGAGACCAUUACAUGGGUCCUCUUGAGGCUGUUGAUUAUGGACUCAUCGACGGGGUGAUCGAUGGAGACAGCAUCAUCCCACUUGAGCCUGUCCCAGAGAGGGUGAAGCCUAAAUACAACUACGAAGAACUGUACAAGGAUCCACAGAAGUUUCUUACACCAGAUGUUCCAGAUGAUGAGAUAUACUAGUCUAUGGGCUGUAUUUUGUGCGAAUCUGAAAGUCUGCUAAACAAACAGUUGCUUUUGAUGUCCUGUAGCUGUUGCCAAACAAAGAUGAUGUAAAAUCCUAGCACUAGCUGUAGCUUAUUGAUCUGGCUUGCUGCCCAUAUUACUCUGACUAUAUUUUGAUUUUGAGCAGGCAGUUAUGCCUGUUGGUUGC